CCCCGUCCCUUCCGCUUUCUCCCAAAUUCCCGUCCCUUCCGCUUUCUCCCCAAACCCCGUCCCUUCCGCUUUCUCCCCAAACCCCGUCCCUUCCGCUUUUUCCCCAAACCCCGUCCCUUCCGCUUUCUCCCCAACUCCCGUCCCUUCCGCUUUCUCCCCAAACCCCGUCCCUUCCGCUUUCUCCCCAAACCCCGUCCCUUCCGCUUUCUCCCCAAACCCCGUCCCUUCCGCUUUCUCCCCAAACCCCGUCCCUUCCGCUUUCUCCCCAAACCCCGUCCCUUCCGCUUUCUCCCAAAUUCCCGUCCCUUCCGCUUUCUCCCCAAACCCUGUCCCUUCCGCUUUCUCCCCAAACCCCGUCCCUUCCGCUUUCUCCCCAAACCCCGUCCCUUCCGCUUUUUCCCCAAACCCCGUCCCUUCCGCUUUCUCCCCAAAUCUCGUCCCUUCCGCUUUCUCCCCAAACCCCGUCCCUUCCGCUUUCUCCCCAAACCCCGUCCCUUCCGCUUUCUCCCCAAAUCCCGUCCCUUCCGCUUUCUCCCCAACUCCCGUCCCUUCUGCUUUCUCCCCAAACCCCGUCCCUUCCGCUUUCUCCCCAAACCCCGUCCCUUCCGCUUUCUCCCCAAAUCCCGUCCCUUCCGCUUUCUCCCUAACUCCCGUCCCUUCUGCUUUCUCCCAAAACCCCGUCCCUUCCGCUUUCUCCCCAAACCCCGUCCCUUCCGCUUUCUCCCCAAACCCCGUCCCGUCCGCUUUCUCCCUAAACCCCGUCCCUUCCGCUUUCUCCCAACUCCCGUCCCUUCCGCUUUCUCCCCAAACCCCGUCCCUUCCGCUUUCUCCCCAAACCCCGUCCCUUCCGCUUUCUCCCCAAACCCCGUCCCUUCCGCUUUCUCCCAAAUUCCUGUCCCUACCGCUUUCUCCCCAAACCCUGUCCCUUCCGCUUUCUCCCCAAACCCCGUCCCUUCCGCUUUCUCCCCAAACCCCGUCCCUUCCGCUUUCUCCCCAACUCCCGUCCCUUCCGCUUUCUCCCCAAACCCCGUCCCUUCCGCUUUCUCCCAAAUUCCUGUCCCUACCGCUUUCUCCCCAAACCCUGUCCCUUCCGCUUUCUCCCCAAACCCUGUCCCUUCCGCUUUCUCCCCAAACCCUGUCCCUUCCGCUUUCUCCCCAAACCCCGUCCCUUCCGCUUUCUCCCCAAAUCUCGUCCCUUCCGCUUUCUCCCCAAACCCCAUCCCUUCCGCUUUCUCCCCAAACCCCGUCCCUUCCGCUUUCUCCCCAAACCCCGUCCCUUCCGCUUUCUCCCCAAAUCCCGUCCCUUCCGCUUUCUCCCCAAACCCCGUCCCUUUCGCUUUCUCCCCAAACCCCGUCCCUUCCGCUUUCUCCCCAAACCCCGUCCCUUCCGCUUUCUCCCAAACCCCCCCUCACCCGCCUCUGCAUUGCCCCCUCCGUCCCUCUCCCCUUCCUUCCCUCUCUCCCUGUCCCGCUCCACCCCUCCGUACCCCUCCGUCCCAUCCUUCCCUCCCCUCUGUUCCUCCCGCCCCACCAGGAGCUGCACCUACCCGUACCGCUCUUCGCCCCUUUCCUGCACCGCCUCUUUGACCUCCUCUGCCCCUCCGCCUCCCUCGCCCCUUCCCUCCCAUCCCUCCUCCCCCGCUUCCACCUCUCGCCCCACCCCUCUGGGUGGCCCACGCGCCUCUACGUCAUGGCAGCGGUCGUUGUCUCCCUCAAGCUCGCCCUCGCCCUCGGCUCCUGGCCCUGCCUCAACCCUUCAUCAUGCACACGGGCAGGGGCAUCGCCAACACCAGCAGCAAGAGCAUCAGCAGCAGUGGCAGCAGCAGCAGCAGGAGCAGCAGGGGGUGGAGCGGCGGUGUGCAAGGCUGCUGUGGCUGCCCCGCGCGCCACGGUGUCGCUGGCUCGGGGCGCGGUGUCGGGGUGGCAGCACAUGCUGCAGCAGCGCAAGCGAGGCGAGGCGCGGCAAGGCGGGUCGCUGGCAGGGAAGGUAGACGAGGGGCGAGGGGAGGAUGGGGUGGAGGGGCAGGAGGAGGGGGAGGAGGAGGGGGAGGAGGAGGGGGAGGAGGAGGGGGUAGAGGAGGAGGAAGGGAAGGAGGAAGGGGAGGAAGGGGAGGAAGGGGAGGAAGGGGAGUGGGAUGUGCGGCGGGUGGUGCAAGCAGUGGAGGGCAGCCGGCAGCAGCUGCUGCAGAUGCCCAUGCAGACCCGUGCUGGGGCUGGCGGGGGGCGCACGCAGGGAGAGGGGGAUGAAGGAGCAGAGGGAAGAGCAUGUGGCCCGACCCGGCCCGACCCGACCCGAUUUGGCCGGGCCACACGGGCCCUUGGGUCGGGUCGGGCCGACCUCGGGCCUACUGACUCGGGUCAAAGGGGACCCGGGCUGCGGCAGUACCUGCAGCACUGCGAGCGCCACGUCUUUGCCCCCGACGCCACGCGCGGCGCCGACCCCUCCACUCUCGACCGCGAGCUGCGCGCCCACCUGCACGCCGCCCUCCCCCUGCGGGCCCCCUCGCCUCCCGCAGCCCAUGGGGACGCUCAUGGGAGCGGUGUGGAUGUGGAGAGGGACGAGACGGCACAUGCGCAGGGCCGAUGGGGAAUGGAAGGAGGGAGAGAGGAGUGGAUGGAUAUGGAGACGUGUCAUGCAGGCGUCAUGCAGGCGUCAUGCAGGUGUCAUGCAGGUGUCAUGCAGGUGUCAUGCAGGUGUCAUGCAGACGUACACUUUCCCUCACUCCUCCCUUCCCCUUACCCCCUCCCCAACAUUCUCCUCUUGCCGCCCAUCCCCUGCGUUGCACCCCUGUGUGGCAGUGAGCUGGUGUACUACGAGUGCCCGCGGGCGCGCAUGCCAUUCAUCACCGGCCCACUCAAACUCCCUUCCUCCCCCUUUUCCCUCCCUUUCUCCCCCCCCCCACCACUCCUCCCGGCCCCCCAGCCCCUGCGCAGCAGUGAGCUGGUGUUCUACGAGCGCCCGCGGGCGCGCAUGCCGUUCCACGAGGUGCAUGUGGACCUCUUUGUGCUGCUGCGAGCCGCGGCACGCGUGGCACGCGUGCACGUGAGGGCGCUGCACUUUUGCACCAUGGAGAUUGAAGAUGCGCUUGUGGCAGUAGAGGCUGUGUUGCAAUCGAGUAACAAUUGA